GGGGGGGCACCAGCAACAUGAGCAUCGAUGCCAAGUACCGCCAGGCCUCCCUGUAUGUGGGUGACCUCCCUGCAGACGUCACCGAGGACAUGCUCUUCCGGAAGUUCAACCCCGUCGGGCCUGUGCUGUCCAUCCGCAUCUGCAGGGACCUGGUCACCCGCAGGUCUCUGGGUUAUGCGUACGUGAACUUCCUGAACCUGGCCGAUGCCCAGAAGGUCCUGGACACCAUGAACUUUGACGUGAUACAAGGCAAAUCCAUCCGGCUCAUGUGGUCUCAGCGUGACGCCUACUUAAGGAAAUCUGGAAUUGGGAAUGUGUUCAUCAAGAAUCUGGACAGAUCCAUUGAUAACAAAAUGCUGUAUGAACGUUUUUCAGCUUUUGGGAAGAUCCUCUCCUCCAAGGUGAUGAGCGAUGAGCAGGGAUCCAGGGGCUACGCCUUCGUGCACUUUCAGAGCCAGACGGCCGCGGACAGGGCCAUCGCCGAGAUGAAUGGGGCGCUGCUGAAGAACUGUAGGCUGUUCGUUGGCCCGUUCAAAAACCGCAAAGAACGGGAAGCUGAGCUCCAAAAUAAAGCCAAUGAAUUCACCAACGUUUACAUCAAAAACUUUGGAGAUGACAUGGAUGAUGAGAGACUGAGGGAAGUUUUCAGCCAUUAUGGCAAAAUCGUGAGUGUUAAGGUGAUGACAGAUUCCAGCGGGAAAUCCAAAGGCUUUGGCUUCGUGAGUUUUGACACCCACGAGGCUGCCCAAAGGGCUGUUGAAUAUAUGAACGGGAAGGACAUAUGCGGACAGAUGGUUUUUGUAGGCCGGGCACAAAAGAAAGCAGAGCGACAGGCCGAGCUAAAACAAAUGCAUGAGCAGCUGAAACGGGAAAGAUAUGGGCGGUGCCGUGGGGUGAAGCUCUAUGUUAAGAACCUCGAUGAGACCAUUGAUGAAGAGCAACUCCGGCGGGAAUUUUCUUCGUUCGGAUCAAUCAGCAGAGUCAAGGUAAUGGAGGAAGAAGGACGAAGCCGAGGGUUUGGCUUGAUCUGCUUCUCCUCUCCCGAGGAGGCCGCUAAAGCAAUGGCUGAGAUGAAUGGCCAGGUCCUGGGCUCCCAGGCAAUCAACAUCGCCCUGGCCCAGCGGGCCUAGGACAGAAGGACUUCCUCCACCAGCCAGCGAAUGCAGCGGGUGGGGGGAUAAGAGAUCUCUGCCUGCAUCGUCCUCAGUCAAGUUUAAUUCCCAUGUGAUGUCUGCUUAGUCAACUUUGUGAUGAAAGGUUUUGUCUACAAAGCUAUUUUUUUUUCUUUUGAGGAAAAGUAAAUGAACCUGAGAAGGUUGGUUUAUUUCACAGAGGCACAUCUUUUAAAAUAGUGUAUAUUUUUUCUUAUUUUGAUGUAUUCAUAGCAAUGGGUAUAAAGAGAUGCAUUUUUAUUAUACAUUUUGAACCAACUGAAGUGAGGUAGUGGAGUAUAUUGCAUAUUUUCCCUUAUUUUAAUAAUAUUGGUAGCUUUAUUUUCUUCUAUGGAAAUAUGCUCAAAAUAGUCCUUUUACCUAAGGAUGGCAAAGUAAUUUGUUUUUAGACACAAAAAUUCUCUAAUUUCUCAUUGAGUUUUUAUUUUGAGAAACCAACAUUUUAAAAAUGUCUAGUACAAAUCCAGUAUCUAAUUUCAUCUUGAAUUAAUGUUUAACAUACUAGGAAAUAGCUGAACUUCUUUUUUGUUUAUGUCCUGACAUGAUUGAUUUUCUGAUGGUUGAAAUUAAUGAUGGAGAUUUUCAGUGUUGCCUACAAACUUGCUUUAUAGGAUAUUUUGCUGUUCUUUCCAUUGUUUGGCUGUAAUUCAAUUGCUUGCUAGUGAUCAAAAUUGUGACAUGAAUAGUAAAAUCUUAACUUCUACAUUCCUUAAGGUAUAAACCUGUACCAAUUUAAGCAACAAAAGUUGGCUUGCUCUUAGUUCUCUGCAUACCCGUAUAGCUUAAUAGACUGCCUUAAGUUUUUAGCAGAUACCCUAUAUUAUAAAGUUCAUAUAUAUAGAACAUAGAAAUUAUGCUUAACAGCUGUGUGUGUCUGUUUUAUACUGUUCCAUGUAGUGAUAUUGUCUCAGGGUUCAGAAAAAAGGUUGCUUUAUUUUUAUGAACUCUUGUCUCCCUGUAUUAGACCAUGAGAGCUAUGUAACCCAUUGAAGUUCAUUUUUAGCCUUGAUGGAUCAGAAGCUCACUAACUGAUUUUCUGAUAAAUUGAACUUAAGUCACCCUGUUUUCUAACAUAAUUUUUAUUUUUGUUCCAUUUUCAGACUUUUCCUUCUUCUUCUGCCUUUCAUCUAUACCACUUAGCUCAUUUUUAUACUUUUUAAAAGGGCUUUAUUUAUUAUUGCUACAUGCUAUUUGAAACCCACUUGGAAACUUAAAGCAAAAAAAUAUUUAUUUGCACUUAAAUAAUUACUUUUAAAAUUCUACCUUGCUCAUACCAAAGGUAUCUAGAAAAUAGUUUUGUUGUUGCUGUUUUUAACCUGCUUAGUUAUUUUCUGUAAACACAUAGUCAAAUCUUCUGUUUCCUACAUUAGCAGUACAAAGGAAAUAUUAAAAAUAUUGAUAGUACUUUAGCUAUGAAAGAAUGAGAAACAGCUGUUUAUUUUUGUAUAAACUAUAUGUUUAGUAAUCACACAUUUUCUAAAUUAAGGCCUCCUCUAGACAAUGAAAAAAUCAUGGGCAAUAAAAACAAUUAUAGCAACGUAUAAUCCUAUCAUGCAGAUAAAUCUGCUAAAAAUUGAUUGCCCAUCAUCCCCAGUUUUUUCUAUGCAUAUACACAAAGAGAUAAUUUAAGAACAACAGAACAGUUAUUUGAAAUCACUUUUCUAAUUUAACAAUAUGUUAGUCAACUUUUGUUUCCACCCAUAAUUGUGUGCUUGUAAUUUUAAAAACUUCUAUUUUUUUCAUUUAAUGUUUGUACCAUAAUAUAGCAAGUUCCUGUUUGUAAAUACGUGGGGUACUAGAUCGCCCCUUCUGUCUGUUUCCUUCUAUCGUAAUCAGCUUUAGAUACCCUUGCAAUCAUGACUGCUCGUCUAGCCAGAUAUUCUCCUAAGAAAAUGUGUAACUCAUCAGAAUUAACAUUUAAAAGCAAUUUAAAAUAGUUUUCAUAAAUAAUUGCACAACUGCUGUCCGGAAAACUUACGCCACUUACGUGUCCAUGGUCAGUGUGCUCUUAUAUACCCUGAAAGCAAGGGACUUCAAGUUGUAGGCCAAUUCAACACGAUAUAUACAACAAACUAUCUCAUGAUUACUUUUACUUUUUUAUUGCUCCAAAGCUAACCAGCAUUUCUUCUUUUCACUGGCCAUUUGUAUUUUCAUAUUCAUGAGCUAACGUUUUAUGAUCUUAGUCUAAUUUCCUGUUGGGGCAUAUUUUAUGUAUAUGGAUUUAUUAGAUUUCUUUAGAAUUAAAACGGAGUUGAAGACUUGUUCCCUCAAUAGUCUCACUUUGUUUGUAGUUUGGAGGGUCAUUGCACAGUUAAAUAUUUUAACUUAAAAUGUUCAGCCUUUUUCUUAGAUAAGUUUGAUGCUAUGUGUUAAAACACUUUGAGCACCUCAAAUAUCUUUACCCCAAUACCCAUGCAACUCAUCUGGACUGUUUUCUGUUACUUUCAGAGUUUCCUAUUCUCAGCAUUUUAUAAAUAAAACUUCCGUGUAGAGAGUAUCUUAUCCACAAACUAUAGUAAAUCUUUUCAAAGUAUCUUGCUUUUCAAUAUUUACUACGUGUCUCAGUAGAUACUGAUCUAUUGUAAAUGUUCACGUGAAACGUACCGUAUAUGCUAACUCUAGUUCAUUGCUUUUAUGAAUCACUGUGUUGACAGUAUUUACCUCCAAAGCAAAGUUUUUAAGAAAGCGUACCAGGAUGGGAAGUGUACUGGGUGUGUCAGGCCUUGGCAUCUCUUCCUGCAUGACCCAGUCUAUCAAAAUGUUCAAAUAUUUGAACAAUAUUUCAUAAUGCUUACCGUGGCCGGGUAGCUCAGUUAGUUAGAGCGUCACCCCGAUGUGCCAAGUUUGCGGGUCCAAUCCUUAGUCAGGGUAGAUGUAAGAAGCAAUCAAUGAAUGCAUAAAUAAGUGGAACAACAAAUCAAUCUCUCUCCCCCCGCCCCAACUCCCUCACCCCUCCCUUUCUCUGGUAAAUGGAUUACCGAAAUAAUGUCAGGGACCUGUGUUCUCUCUUAUGUGCACAAGGAAUUAAUAGGAUGAGAUAUCAGAUGUCUAGAUGAAGUAUAACCAUUAUUUUAUGGCACAGUAAUCUACCACUUAGUGGGAACUGCUUACUUUUCAUUAUUUAGCGUAAGAAAUAAUCAAAGUCAGUUUAUAAAAAUAUGUGAUACUGUGGAUUUUCUUGAUUAAUUUAUUUAAAUGUUGCUUAUUCUAAAUUGUGUGUGUGAUAAUAUCAAGUUUUCGUAGUUGGUAGUAGAGGUUCUUUCUUUCAAAAAAUGUAAUGUUUGUGUCCAAGUGCCUUGAUUACGUGAGAAUCCUCGCUUUUCUGAUAAGCGUUCCAGUGAAAGCUAGUUUACAUAGAGAUGCCUUGAGCUACUGCUUCUACUCUGGCCUCCCCUCCCCCACACUCGGUGUCAAGUUGUUGUGGAGAUGCCUGCUUGCAUGUACAGCCAAUUGAAUAAAUGUGCCUUUCGACAUUUUAUUUUUAAAUGGAAAUUUAUUGUUGCUAAAAAUAAGCUUUAUUUAAAGUGGCUUAGAUUUGUAUUUUAUGUUCUUAAUAUUUCUG